AUGUCCAAAGUUUAUAAAAUGUUGAUUACAGCCACAGACAGAUAUGUCCCUACAAAGCUUCGUCCGUUAUGGGAACAUGAAGCUGGUCCUAAAACCAUCUUUUUUUGGGCUCCAGCGUUUAAAUGGGGCUUGGUGUUAGCUGGUUUGGGUGACUUAAAUCGACCUGUUGAUAAAUUAUCAAUACCCCAGUCUGUGUCCCUAGCAGCAACCGGAUUGAUCUGGUCGCGUUACUCACUUGUUAUCAUACCGAAAAACUACAGCUUGUUUGCAGUGAAUGUGUUUGUUGCCGCUACAAGCUUGUAUCAAAUCGGUAGAGCUUACAGAUAUCAACGAUCUCUAAAGAAGAAGGAAUAA